CCUCACGGCGCUCUGCAGAGAAAAGAAUCGUCGGCCAGCUGGCUCUCUGCAAGACCUACAUCAGUUUCACUUUGAAUGGAGAGUUUAUCUCCUCUUUACUCAAGCAUCCUCCAUCCAACUGGGAUUUCCCUGUGAAGCACUGCUCGUAGUUGGAGGACUUUGGACCGGCGCGGAUCACAAACCGUGUGGUUGAAAUGUGCUUUCUGCGUACGAGCGUAGUUUUCUGAUGUCUGGAUACUGCAGUGAGCUCGCACCAUAAAGGGAAUGCCCAAAGCGCAGCCGCAGAGGCACGCUGACUGCAGGACGGGCUCUCACUGACGGAGGCCCAAAUCUGAGGCGAAGGAGGCUGUAAAGAGGCCCUGAGGGAGCCUCCCUCCCUCCCUCGCUCUGUACCUGACUAGUGAUCACUCAUCUGACAGCCAUGGCUCCCCGGAAGCGUGGGAGUGGCGGCGGGGGCAGCGGACGUGGAGGACUCUCCUUCAUGUUUUGCUGUUUUAACAGCAGUGAUCACCCAGAGAUCACCUACAAGCUGCGAGAGGACUUCGCACUGCAGUCCUUGGAGCCGGCACUCCCCAUGCCAGGGUACGAUGAGCUGGAUGGCAUGUUCUCAGAGUUGGUGGAUGAACUUGACCUCACAGAGAAGCACAGAGAAGCCAUGUUUGCUCUGCCUGCAGAGAAGAAAUGGCAAAUCUACUGCAGCAAGAAAAAGGAACAAGAGGAAAACAAAGGUGCAACAAGUUGGCCAGAGUACUACAUAGAUCAGCUUAAUUCAAUGGCAGCUAGAAUCACACUCCUCGCUCUGGAAAAGGAGGAGGAAGAGGAGAGGAACAAAACCAUAGAGAACUUGAAGACGGCUCUGAGGACUCAGCCAAUGAGGUUUGUGACUCGUUUCAUCGACCUGGACGGCCUCACGUGUAUCCUGAACUUCCUGAAGAGCAUGGACUACGACACCACCGAAUCCCAGAUCCACACGUCUCUGAUCGGCUGCAUCAAGGCUCUGAUGAACAACUCUCAGGGCCGUGCCCACGUCCUGUCUCACUCCGAGAGCAUCAACAUCAUCGCUCAGAGCUUGGCCACAGAAAACAUCAAGACUAAAGUUGCAGUGCUGGAAAUAAUGGGGGCUGUGUGCCUCGUACCAGGCGGGCACAAAAAAAUCCUGGAGUCCAUGCUGCACUAUCAACACUUUGCCUGUGAAAGAACUCGCUUUCAGACACUAAUAAACGAUUUGGACCGGAAGACGGGGCGAUACAGAGACGAGGUCAACCUAAAAACAGCCAUCAUGUCCUUCAUCAAUGCUGUGCUAAGCCAAGGAGCUGGAGAGACUAGUUUGGAAUUCCGAAUCCACCUCCGAUACGAGUUCCUCAUGUUGGGAAUCCAGCCCGUCAUUGAUAAGCUGCGCUCUCAUGAAAACUCUACGUUAGACAGGCAUUUAGAUUUCUUUGAGAUGCUGCGGAACGAAGAUGAGCUGGCUCUGUCGAAGCGCUUUGAAUCGGUACACAUAGACACAAAAAGCGCCACACAAGUGUUUGAGCUCAUCCGUAAGAAGCUGAACCACCAUGAAGCAUACCCACACUUUAUGUCGGUGCUGCAUCACUGUCUGCUGAUGCCGCACAAGAGGAGCGGAAACACGGUACAAUACUGGCUGCUGCUGGACCGGAUCGUGCAGCAGAUGGUUCUGCAGAACGACAAAGGUCACGACCCAGAUGUGGCGCCGCUGGAGAACUUUAACGUGAAGAACGUGGUCAGAAUGCUGGUUAAUGAAAAUGAGGUCAAACAGUGGAAGGAGCAGGCUGAGAAAAUGAGGAAAGAACACCAAGAGCUCCAGCAGAAGUUUGAGAAGAAAGAGCGAGAAUGUGACGCCAAGACACAGGAAAAGGAGGACAUGAUGCAGACCCUUAACAAGAUGAAAGAGAAGCUGGAGAAGGAGAGCACCGAGCACAAAAAUGUCAAACAGCAAGUGGCGGAUCUCACUGCACGGCUGCAUGAACUCAGCACAAGGCAGGCGGCAGCUGUUGUCCCAGGCGGGCCUCCUCUUCCUCCCGGCCCCCCCGGUGGCCCUCUGUUCCCUCCCCCCGUGCCAUCAUUCGCAGGCGUGCCCCCUCCGCCACCGCCUCCUGGUGGCCUGAUGCCCCCUCCUCCCCCACCCCCUCCCCCUGGUGGCCCUCCUCCUCCUCCCGGUUGCCCACCGAUGAGCGGCGUACCCCCACCACCUGGAGCGCCUCUGGGGCCCUCUCUGAAGAGGAAGAACCUUCCUCAACCAUCCAACCCGCUCAAGUCCUUUAACUGGUCAAAGUUGGCGGAGAAUAAACUGGAGGGAACUGUGUGGAUGGAGGUGGAUGAUGCCAAAGUUUUCAAAAUCCUGGAUCUGGAGGACAUCGAGAAGACGUUCUCAGCCUAUCAGAGGCAGCAGGACUUCUUAGUGAUCAGUAGCAGCAAACAGAAAGAGGCGGAGGAGGACACACUCGGCUCCAAGAAAGUCAAAGAGCUGUCGGUGAUUGACGGCCGUCGAGCUCAGAACUGCAACAUCCUACUCUCACGACUUAGGCUUUCAAAUGAGGAGAUCAAGAGAGCCAUUCUGACCAUGGACGAGCACGAGGAUCUCCCUAAAGACAUGCUGGAGCAGCUGCUGAAGUUCAUUCCAGAGAAGAGUGACGUGGAUCUGCUGGAGGAACACAAACACGAGCUCGACCGGAUGGCCAAACCUGACCGCUUCCUCUAUGAGAUGAGCAGAAUAAACCAUUACCAGCAGAGGUUACAGUCUCUGUACUUCAAAAAGAAGUUUGCAGAGAGGAUAGCGGAGAUCAAACCCAAAAUUGAAGCUCUAACUAAAGCCUCCAAGCAGAUGUUGAACAGUAAAAGCCUGAAGCAGCUGCUGGAGGUGGUGCUGGCCUUUGGAAACUACAUGAACAAGGGUCAGAGGGGAAACGCUUACGGCUUCAAGGUGUCCUCACUCAACAAGAUCGCUGAUACCAAGUCCAGUAUUGACAAAAACAUCACUCUGCUGCACUACCUGAUCACCAUCCUGGAGAAGAAGUAUCCAAAGGUGCUUCAGUUCCAGGAGGAUCUAAAGAGUGUUCCAGAGGCGGCCAAAGUGAAUAUGACAGAGCUAGAGAAAGACAUUGGAAACCUGCGCAGCGGCUUGAAGAGCGUUGAGAGUGAGCUGGAGUACCAGAAGAAGCUGCCGCAGCAGCAGCUCGAGGACAAGUUUGUGUCGGUGGUGAGCCAGUUCAUCACGGUGGCCAGCUUCAGCUUCUCCGAUGUGGAGGACUCCCUGAACGAGGCCAAAGACCUGUUCCUGAGGGCAGUCAAGCACUUCGGCGAAGACGCCAGCAAGAUGCAGCCGGACGAGUUCUUCGGCAUCUUUGACCAGUUCCUGCAGUCGUUCACCGAGGCUCAGCAGGAAAACGAGAACAUCCGGAAGCGGAAGGAAGAGGAGGAGCGCAGGGCCAAAAUGGAGGCUCAGCUGAGGGAGCAGCGGGAGAAGGAGAGGAAGGCUCGUAAGGCGAAGGCAAACGGAGAGGACAACGGGGGCGAGUUCGACGACCUGGUGUCGGCGCUGCGAUCGGGCGAGGUCUUCGACAAGGACUUGUCCAAAAUGAAGCGGAACCGCAAGCGGAUCAACAACCAGAGCACAGACUCGGGCAGAGAGCGCACCAUUACAAAAGUCAACAUCUAAGAAAACCCUUACGCUCUGGGUCAAAGUGACCCGCACAUUCCUCUCCACCCUCCUCAUCGGCGCUCGGCUCGGCUUGAAUAAACCACAGCACAAUAGACGCUUCUUCCUUGUAGUUUUGUUGUGCGGGAAAAAGCCAGAGCUGACUAAAGCAGACGUGAGCGUCGAGGAGAAAAGCCACCAUGCAGGUGUUCUUCCGUCAGAAUCUAUGCAGGGCAGAACGCACCGCCGGCUGGACCAAACUGGACCAUUUGAAGCAAAAAGGAGGAAGGGGCCUUUUUUUGUUUAGUUUUACUGAUUUCAUAGGAUGAGAGGAAGCGCUUUCGCCCGCCUGAACUCUGACGCUGCUGCUCUGUCGCAGUCAACUAAAGUAUAUAAAUGUAUAAAUACACGAUCCCUGAAUGUUUUAUUUGAACAUUGUCAUGUUAAGAGCUGGCCUUAACUCAUGAUUUUCCUUUGUGGCAGCAAUAUGGAGUGUGCUUGUGGCACAUGACUAAGCAAGAGUAAUCAUGUACUGAAACAUGUUGGUCUCCUUUCCCUUUGAAGAGUUCUCUGCUUUCAUGUGCUGGAACAGUUUUCUGCGCGCUGGCUGCAUCCAAACCAAACUUUAUGAGGAUGUAAGGCCUCAGACUCCUCCCCCUUUUAUAAUUUAAAUACUGCCUUCCACUGUAAAAUGACCUUUUGAAAAUAAACAGGAGAUAUUGAUUAUGA